ACCCGCCGUCCGACGCUUCUGUCAUUCUGUGCGACAUCACAUGAUUUUUUUAAUAAGAGAAAAGAAAAGAAAAGAAAAGUAAAUGAGCAGCAUACAAAUUACCAAACGAAAGGAUACGAGGUGGGCCUACGAUUGCCGCGUCGUGAGCCGAGAAACCGUGAAAGCUGACCAACCCCCAAACGCCCGACCCUGAUAUGAAAAAUGGAAAUAUUCAUGAUUUGGUGAGGAUACUUUGUUCAUCGUGACAUCAUUAACAUCUUCCGCUUCUCUUUGAAACAUUGAUCGACCAGCCAACCAACUUACGGCAUCACCGGAAAAGGUCAAGCUAUAGGAUAUCGUGUGUGCGUGUAAAAGAUAUGUAGCAUGCUUUUAUGCAUUUAACUGCGGCAGAUCAGCAGCGGGGGAAUAUUUUAGUCUCUGAUUUCACGUGAAGAAGUUAGUAGUAGGUUUCAGGAAACAUUAUGUGGAUGGGAACUCAGAGUGUGGGUGAAUGUUCUAGCUCAACUUCCUUGAGCAGUCAGCAGGAUGUUGAGGAUGACCGGAUGAUUGCUGUUAUACUAUCUGAAGAGUAUGCCAAAUUAGAUGGUGCAGUUGCUAGACGCCUUUCCAACCUGGCGCCUAUUCCUCAUGUCCCGCGCAUAAAUUCCUACAUCCCCAACUUAAGUGAUGCAAGUUUGGAUCACCAACGGCUUCUCCAGAGGCUGAAUGUCUAUGGUCUAUAUGAAGUGAAGGUCUCAGGCGAUGGAAACUGCCAGUUUCGUGCACUUUCAGACCAGAUUUACAAGUCACCUGAAUAUCACAAACAUGUUCGGAAAGAAAUCGUGCAACAGCUCAAAGACUACCGUGCUUUAUAUGAAGGCUAUGUCCCAAUGAAGUACAAACGUUAUUACAAGAAAAUGGCAAAAUCUGGUGAGUGGGGGGACCAUGUUACCUUACAAGCAGCAGCUGAUAAGUUUGUGGCGAAGAUAUGCCUGUUGACAUCAUUUAGAGAUACUUGUUUUAUUGAAAUCAUGCCUCAGUGCCAGACACCUAAACGUGAGUUGUGGUUAAGUUUUUGGUCCGAGGUUCAUUACAAUUCGCUGUAUGAGAUUCGAGAUGCUCCAACUCAGCCAACGCCUAGGAGGAAACACUGGUUAUUCUAGGUGAAGCAGAUUGUCCAUUGUGGUAUACCAUUCAGGAUUUUGAGGGAUUUACUAUCAUAAAUUGUUAUAUUUGGAUAUUAUCUUUAAUUCUUAUAUUCUUUUGUAAGAUUGAUUGUCGUCUUUCUUCUUCUUUUUUUUUUUUUUUUUUUUUACUGGAUUCAGA